GGUCCUGGGGAUGUGGUGAAGAGCACUGCCCUUCCCAGCACACCCCACUCAUCCUGGGAUGCAGCAAACCUGGCUUUCUGCCAGGAAUCGAUGCCAUGUGUUCCUGUGCUCUCCUGAGUGGCUUUGCCAGAUGAACAAUCUGGGAGAACUCCCACAAGAAACAUCUUUGAUUUUCUCACUGUUGGCCUUCACUGGCACUUUUUAAAGGAAAAAAGUAUCUUAAGGACAUUUUCCUUUUGCAUUGCCCCUUGAUGCAGAGGUUGGACCAAAGUUAAAUUGGUCACUUUGCUGAGUCCCUUCUCUUCUGAAAUCUGGAGCAAAACUUCAUUUUCACAUGUUCCAGUGACAGCCCCAACUCUGUGUAAGCCACAGACAGAGUGCAAAUCUGAUCCCUUCCCUGUUUCUUAUAGAGGGAUAUAACAAUUACUGGUUAAGGGGUGAGAACCUGAUUGGCCUCACCAGGACCUGUCAACCACACAAUGUCAUCUUUGUGAUGAAGAAAUGUCAACUAAACCACAGGAUGCUGCUGUACAGACCAGGCAGAAAGUGUGCACCAAUGAUGUGAAUAAAUGGAUGUCUACAUUUUCAUAAUAACCCGCUAAUGAGUCCUCUAGGAAGCUCAACAAGCUCCCAAGAGAGAAGCAAGCAUUCAAAUGAGCUGGUAAUACACCAGAGAGCAGGAAUAACAGACAAAUUGCAUUCCCUCUGAUCUCUCUGAGUGCAAGAACUAAACUCUGAUCAGGAUGGCCAUGAGGAAAAUAGAAAAGAUAACUGAGGAGAUUUGGCCUCCAUCCCACACAAGCAGCACCUGCAGGGCUCUCACACAGCCAUGCCCAUCAGCCAUGGACUGGCCUCAGGCUACUGAAGGACAAGGGUGUGGAGGCUGCCCUGCUUCAGCUCCGAGCCAAGCCUGGCCCAUGACAUUGGCACACAGCUGCACUCCUGGCUAUAUAAACACAGCUCUCCAGCUGGGACUGUCCCCUCAGGGCUGCCCUAGCCAUGGCUCGCUGGCACAUCCUGGCCUUGGCCCUGUGCUCCUACCUUGGGGUAGCCUGGGCUGCGACCCUGGGUGUGGUGCUUACCGAGGGAGGAUUUGUGGAAGGUGAGAGUAAGAAACUGGGACUCUUUGGGAGCUACGUCGACAUCUUCAGAGGGAUUCCCUUUGCCGCCCCUACAAAGACUCUGGAAGAUCCCCAACCUCAUCCUGGCUGGGAUGGGACUCUGAAGGCAAAAGAAUUCAAAAAACGCUGCAUGCAGGUGAAGCUCACCCAGACUGAUGUCCGUGGGAGCGAGGACUGUCUCUACCUCAACAUCUGGGUCCCUCAAGGGAGGAGACAGAUCUCUACCAAGCUGCCUGUGAUGGUUUAUAUCUACGGUGGUGCCUUCCUGGUCGGAGGCAGCCAGGGAGCCAAUUUCCUGGACAACUACCUGUAUGAUGGGGAGGAGAUUGCCGUGCGGGGCAACGUCAUCGUGGUGACCAUCAACUACCGCCUGGGGCCGCUGGGCUUCCUGAGCACCGGGGAUGAAAACCUGCCAGGGAACUACGGGCUCAAGGACCAGCACAUGGCCAUUGCCUGGGUGAAGAGGAACAUCAAGGCCUUUGGGGGUGACCCAGACAACAUCACCAUCUUUGGGGAGUCGGCUGGUGCCGCCAGUGUCUCCCUGCAGACCCUGUCCCCAAAGAACAAGGGCCUGUUCAAGAGAGCCAUCAGCCAGAGCGGUGUUGGGAUGUGCAGCUGGGCCAUCCAGAGGGACCCGCUCGUCUGGGCCAAAAAGCUUGGAGAAAAGGUGGGCUGCUCCACAGACAACACCACCGUCUUGGCCAACUGCCUGCGCAACUCUGAUCCCAAAGCCUUGACCCUGGCCUACCACAUGCAGCUCACCAACCUGCCCAUGCCCCUGGUGCACACCCUCGCCCUCGCUCCUGUGGUCGAUGGGGAUUUCCUCCCAGACACGCCAGAGAAUCUCUUUGCCAACGCUGCUGACAUCGACUACCUGGCCGGGGUCAAUGACAUGGACGGGCACAUCUUUGCCGGCGUGGAUGUGCCCGCCAUCAACGGCCCGCUGCGGAAAGUCACUGCGGACCAGGUGUACAAUUUGAUCAAAGGCCUCACCGUGGACAGGGGCGAGGCUGGAGCCAACGCCACCUACAACAUCUACACACAGAGCUGGGGUGACAAACCCAAGCAGGAGGUCGUGAAGAAGACAGUGGUGGAGCUGAUCACUGACUACAUCUUCCUGAUUCCCACACAGGUGGCACUGGACCUGCACCUGCAGAAUGCCAAGAGUGGCAAGACCUACAGCUACUUGUUCUCCCAGCCGUCCCGCAUGCCCAUCUACCCCAGCUGGGUCGGGGCAGACCAUGCUGAUGACCUGCAGUACGUGUUUGGGAAGCCCUUUGCCACCCCGCUGGGCUACCUGCCCAAGCACAGGACUGUCUCAAAGGCCAUGAUUGCUUACUGGACCAAUUUUGCCAGGACUGGUGAUCCCAACAAAGGGCAUUCGGAUGUGCCCGUUUCCUGGCCAGCCUACACCAACAAGGCCAAAUACUACCUGGAUAUCAACAACAAGCUUGGAUAUAACAACAAGCUGAACAAGAACUCUGUGAAGCAGGACCUGAGAUCUGAUUAUGUGACCUUCUGGAACUCAGUCUAUCUGAAGCUGCCACAGGUUGCCAACAUCUCCCAGUCAGAGUUAAUGUUUUGAACCCUUUAAAGACAGUUCAUUAAAGGCUUGCUUGUAACUGA